CAAUUGCUUCACUUCUGAUCGGAGAUCAUGGAGAACAUCAAACACCAUUCCCUGAAAAUCAACGGCAUCACUAUGCACGUCGCUGAAGCCGCCGGCGACGGCGCCGCCGUGCUCCUCCUUCACGGCUUCCCGGAGCUCUGGUACUCCUGGCGCCACCAGAUGCUCCACCUCGCCGCCAAAGGCUACCGCGCAAUCGCCCCUGACCUCCGGGGCUAUGGCGACACUGAAGCUCCGCCGUCACCCUCCGAUUACUCCGUCUGCCACCUCGUCGGAGACCUAGUGGCGCUCCUCGACGCGCUAGGUCUGGAGCAGGUCUUCCUCGUCGGUCAUGAUUGGGGCGCCGCCGUCGCCUGGUGGUUCUGCCUCUUUCGGCCUGAUCGAAUUAAGGCUUUGGUGAACAUGAGCGUUCAAUUUCACCCUAGAAAUCCCCAAAUCAGUUUUCUUCAGAUGUACAGAGAUGUGUUAGGCGAUGGAUUCUACAUCUGCAGAUUCCAGGAAGAAGGAGAAGCUGAGAAAGCAUUCGAAUCAGUGGAAACAGCACAGGCGCUGAAAUCCAUGUUCUCCAUGAGGGAAGCGAAGCCAUUAAUCGUGCCCAAAGAAGUGGGGAUGGAGGUUAUUUUCCAGGCGCCGGCGGAGCGUCCGCCAUGGAUGACGGCGGAAGACCUCGACUACUUCGCCGGAAAAUUCAAGCAGACAGGAUUCACCGGUGGAUUGAACUACUACCGCGCCCUGAACCUGGAUUGGGAGUGUCUGGCGCCAUGGCAGGGAGCUCCGGUGAGUGUGCCGGUGAAAUUCCUGAUCGGCGAUCAGGACCUGACGUACCAUGUUCCAGGAGUUGAGGAAUACAUCAAUGGUGGGGGGAUGAAGAAGCACGUGCCGAAUUUGCAGGAAGUGGUGGUGAUGGAAGGCGUGGCCCACUUCAUCAACCAGGAGAAGCCAGAAGAAGUAAGCCAUCAUAUCUCUGAAUUCAUCGCCAAAUUCUGCUGAGCAAAACAAUGCUCUGUAAGCUGUCCUGUUCGAUUAUUUCCAUGUUGUUGUCCGUUGCAACCAAUAAUGGCAUAUGAGGUCGUUUUCAAUUUCAUUACAAUAAAUGAGGUUUCUUUUCUUGAUAUACAA